UCCAUCGCGCCCACCUUGCUCUUCCCAGGAAAAAGUCAAUUAUUUUCUCCACUUGAAACUAGCGAUCGGGAACUCGGGGACAAUUUCGCCAAAUUCCUCGCCGUAAACCCGGUUCUGGUCACCGAUUCUGCCCGGAACCGUCGUAGCCGUCGGUCGUGCGCGUUGAUCCGGCGAUUUUCGGUAAAAUCUUCCGCGAAAAAGUGACAUUUUUUUUUUGGAAAAAUGGACGACCUGAUUACCCUCAUCCGGACGGAGAUUCCGGAGGGCCGGCAGAACCUGCAGGAGAGCUACACCAACCUGGAGCGGGUGGCCGAGUACUGCGAGGACACGUACCAUCGUUCCGACAACAAGAAGGCCUCGCUAGAGGAAACGAAGAACUACACGACUCAGUCGCUGGCGAGCGUCGCGUACCAGAUCAACACGCUGGCGUACAACUUCCUGCAGCUGAUGGACCUGCAGGCCACCCAGAUGGCCGAGAUGGAGUCCCAGAUGAACCACAUCUGCCAGACGGUGAUGAUCCACAAGGAGAAGGUGGCGCGGCGCGAGAUCGGCGUGCUGACCGCGAACAAGGUCAGCACCCGGCAGUACAAGAUCGUGGCGCCGCUCAACCCGGAGAAGCCGAUCAAGUACGUCCGGAAGCCGAUCGACUACGCACUGUUGGACGAGAUCGGCCACGGAAUCGCGCUGACCAACAACAACCACAAGAAGCACCGGGUUUCGAGCCAGGGCUCGAUCCAGUCGCUGGCGGCCAACAUCUCGGUCGGUCCUCCGCCGACCACGAAGCCACCGACGCCGCCGCAAAUGUCCCGCAGCGCCGGCCACACCGGAACGCUCGGCAAGAACGCCAGCAACACGGGCACGCUCGGUAAGGCGUCCCGCGAGUACCGGACGCCACCGGUGGUCAUUCCGCCACAGGUUCCGUCGCACUACGCGCCAAACUUCCCCAUGGGACACCCGAGACGGACUUCGGGCGGGGAGCGUGGCCCCGGGUACAGCGCGCUGCCGAUGCCGCCGAGCCAGGUGGCGAUGCACCAUCCACCGCAGGUCGGAAUGGUGCACCCGAUGCCACCGGCCACGACCCAGCACCAGUCGACGUUCGACGAGCGGAACAGCAUGCCGCUCCCCGCAAAGGGCCAUUCCCGAGAGUUGGAAUCAUUUCAGAAGUUCCCCUCCAAAUUUCCAGCGCCGCCGUCUCCGCUCACGGUGACCCACGAAAUGCCCGACCACGGCCACAUCGGAAUGCACACGCUCAGCCGGAACAUGCCCCGUCCGGGGUCGCAGUCGCCGCCGCUGCCGCCGCCACCGCCGCCGGAGGAGUCGGACCACGCGGACUUUGGCCGCCCCCGGAACACCCAGAGCCUGGUGGCGCCGAUCGUGCCCGACGACCAGAACCUGCCCGGCUGGGUGCCGAAGAACUACAUCGAGAAGGUGGUGGCUAUUUACGAUUAUUACGCGGACAAGGAUGACGAGUUGAGCUUCCAGGAGAGUUCGGUGCUGUACGUGCUGAAGAAGAAUGACGACGGGUGGUGGGAGGGCGUGAUGGACGGCGUUACGGGGUUGUUCCCCGGGAAUUAUGUGGAACCGUGCGUUUAAGUGAGGAGAGAAAUCACAUGAUCAACUAUUAAUCGUAGAACAGCGCCGUAUAGCAAUGAGAUAUUCCAAGGAAACCUAGCCCGUAAGCUUCGAAUAAAACGCGUUUACUUUAUUCCUACAACUUGAUCCGGAACUGAAAGAGAUCAGUUCGCUCUUUUAAAAUUCUGCAUUUUCUUCAUAUUAUACGACCCCCUACGAUAAAGGACAUGGUAGAGCUGCGUAUGCUUCAAAAAGGCAAGUUUAUAGAAUUACAAUUCGUUUAGUUCACAAUAAAGAGUAAUAAUGCUUAUUUAUAACAAAAA